CAAACCCCGUUCAAAACCCCUAAAACCGAGCAAGACCUCCCACUGAGAGACCAGCGAAGGAGGCCGCAAAGAAGAAAGAUGUUCGGGACCCCUUCGUCCUCUCGGGCGUUCGGGACCCCCUCCUCGACGCCGGCGUUCGGGACCCCCUCUUCGACGCCGGCGUUCGGCACCCCACCCUCGACUCCGGCCUUCGGCACCCCGUCCUCGACGCCGGCGUUCGGCACCCCGUCGGCUCCAUCUUUCGCGACGCCGUCGGCAUUUGGGUCCUCCCCCUCGCCCUUCUUCUCCCAGCCGCAGCAGCAGCAACCCCAACCGUCGCCCUUCUCCGUCUUCCCUCAAUCGCAGCAGCAGCAGCAGCAGCCGGCGUCGUCGUUUGGAUUCCAGCCGUCGGCUUCGCCCUUCGGCAAUGCUCAGAUCACCACCCAGAUGGCCCCUGUCGCCCCCCUCACCCUCUCCCUCGCCGAUCGCGACCUCCAGGCGAUCGUGGAUGCUUACAGGGAGGACCCUGGGAACCCUAAGUACUCCUUCAGGCAAUUGCUCUUCAGUGUGACUGAUCCAGCGGCUCGGGUGAAGCCAGUUGGUGUGUCAGAUAUUAUGUGGGCAGAGGCAAUGGGGAAGCUGGAGGGGAUGGAUAGUUUGGAUCGGGAGAGGCUGUGGCCUCAGCUUAUUCAGGGUUUCAAAGAUCUCUCUCAUCGGCUCAAGCUUCAAGAUGAAGUCCUUGCUUCAGAUGCUGAGAGGCUGCGUAUGACACAAGCUAAUGUCAAAAUGCUUCUGAGGCAUUUCCAAGCAGACACUCUUCCAUGGAUUCAAAGGAUGAAACAGAAAGAACACGUGCUUCAAAGGCGUCUUUUGAGGAUAAUGAGAAUAGUGGAGGCCUUGGAGGGUAAGGGUUUGCGUGUGCCACUGAUGAAAGGUGAAGUUGAGUUGGCUGAGAAGUUGAAUGCAAUAGCAAGACAGCUGAAAGGACCUGGAGCAGAACUAUCCAGGAGGGUUCAUAAUCUGCUCACCAUAUCACGCGUGCGUGCAAAUACUGGUGCUCUGGGCAGUUGUAUCUAUCUUCCUGGUUCUGCAAAGAUUCAUGAACAAAGCCUUGCCGGCCUGCAAGAGGUCUUGCAGCAGCAAACUGAAGCAAUUGCCAGGUUAGGGAUCGUAAUGAAGAGAGAUACCAGAGAUAUGGAGAUCAUUAUGUCUGAGGGCACUGACAUGGUUGAAGAUGGUGGUGGGAGGCCGGCUUUGAAGAGCUGACAAGAAGUUAACCUGCCAUAUAGGGCAACGAAAGAAUGUUCUUUUUCAGUUCCGGGGGAGAUAUUGGCAUCCGGCUCAACCUUGAGGCAUGUUAGGGCAUAAAAAGGAAAGCUGUAUACAGAGAAAGGAGAAAGCUUGCACUAACUCAGAUAUCAUUGAUCCCAAAACUUUCUGCUCUAAUUUUGGAGUUCUCAGAGUUCCAUUUUUGUGCACUCGAGUGGCUUAUCUUUUUCUUGGUUUACUUGCACCUUGUGACUUGCAAAUUUAUCAGCGGGCUGGGAAUUUCAUUCACCUCUUUUAUCUGUAAAAGUCUUCUUACGAUCAGAGUGGCUUAUUUUGUUUUUUGGAUUUUAAUUCCUGCCGUGAUGGUUAAGAGCGUUAACAGGCAACCAAAUUGUUCUUGCUGCUCUGAGGUUAUGUACAACAACCUUAAUGAGAAUUCAGUAUUAUUAGGUCGUAGUCCAUCUUUUCUUCA